UCAAAUGCAUGUCUCAUUUUUCAGAUUUCCAUCUCUAAAAUUUCUUUUGAAUUUGUGAUUUUUCCUUUCACUUCACAGUUGUGUGUUACACUAAGUCCUAGAGGAAUAUGUGAAAUUUUGUGUUUGUAACAAGAUGAAUGUGGAAAGAUUUCAAGUGCGUCUUACAGUCGUAGCAAACAGAAACCUUCCAUACUGUAAGAAUUGCAGUACUGAAGGAGAAAUUUGCCUUUUUCAAAACCCAUCAGACUGAAAUUUGUUUCUUCAAAUGCCAAAUCGCUACUUCAGUAAUUGUGUCUCACGUAUUUAUGUAAAAGCACAACUUGCCAAAGUUUUACAUACUGUGCCCAAAACUGGCUAUAAAUAUUUAGUUUGCCUGUUUCGCAUGCUGUGAUAUUAAUUAUCCCCAGCCUCCACAUUUAUCUUUUUUUGCCUUUUGGGGUGAAUUCCUGUAUCAGUAUAAUAAGCUGUCUGAGUGUUAGUUUUUGCUAAGUAAACAUUAAAAGCACUGUAUUAAAAACCUUAUGGUAAUUUUUAUAUAUAAAGUACUAUUUAUGCGAACCGCAAACAUAUUUUUGUGUGGUUUAAAUAUUGAUUGCUCCUUUUUAACAGCAUAAUGUCGAUAUUUUUCACCUUUUCUGUUAUUGUGAAUGUGUAGCAUGUAGCUAAUGUGAUAUUUCAUACAUGGAUGUUGCAGGGAUGUGAGGACCCCAUAAACAUAAAGGCUGGGUUUUUUUGUUGUUGUUGUUUGUUUGUUGUUGUUUUUUUUACAGAUUAUCGUAUCUGUUUCCAACAUUUUCUCCUCUAUCAAUCUAUUCUCUGGUUUCUGAUCUGUAGCAGCCAUGAAAAGGGAGCGUCAUCACUGUUGAGAGGUUUCUUGGAGUUUACACAUAGAAACAUUGUAUUAUGGAUACAUCUUGAUGUCUGGCUUUACUUUGCUGAUUCUUUUUUUCCCCCUUUUUUUAUGUGCUUCCUGUUGUUGGCUUUAAUAAACAAAUAAAUACAAAACUGACUUCUGGUAUUUUAUUUAUCAACCAUCAUGUGACAUCUGUGCUCAUGUCUCUUUCUCCUCUUCCUUUCUCUGUGUAUCUUGCACUAUAAACACCUACCGCAGCAUUUUAUAUCGUUUCUCCACCUUUUUUUGCAAAGAUCAGAUCUCUGUUUUGUUGUGUUUUCUUAAGCGUUUCUUUCUUGUAAAGCCAAUGCUGUGUGGUUGGUUUUCGUCUUCACAUGCAGCAUAAACGCACUUGAGGUUGCAACCCCGGCGUGGAUGUCCCCCUGCAGUAAUUUAUUGUUUGAGGUAGUUGGGUCUGCUUGCUGUUUUUGGUCUCAACUAUUUUGUCUGCAUUCCAACAAACCCCAGCUGGUUUCAACGUUUAUUGCUCCAUCUAGUUUUCCACGCCGAUUAUUGAUGCUGCCCAGAAAUCAUUUCUCAGCAACGGACCGGUUUGGUUCUGACCGUGUUUUCAGCCAGUAGACCAUUACAUUGCCUUUGUGUUGCAGAUACCUUUCAGGCAGCUCUGCAGUCCCACCCUUCAGCAGCCAGCCUCCUCCCUUCCACCCACCCGACAUGGCAGACGACUUCAUCCUCACCCCACCCCCCAACAUUUCUGAGCUUAUCAGCCGCCAGCACGGACCUCGCGAGCGCAAAGCGUCCCCCUCCACUCUGCCCGGGCGCCUCAGCAGAGCCCUCUGCCUCGGGACGGUCCCCUCCCUCACAAGGACAGGUUCUGGCUAUCUUUUUAGUGGUAGUAGACCUGGCUCACAAUACAAAGACUCACCAUCAUCAGAUUACUUUUCUCUGAAGUCCGGGAGCCGCCCAUCAUCCCCGGCCCCCUCUCCGACCCCCUCAGUGGCCGGGUCGGCCACGUCCAGUUCUGGUUCGGCCAGACAGCGCCGCCCCCUCAUCAGUCCGGCUCGCCUCAACAUCACCGGCCAGAAGCUCCGUCUUUUUUCCAGCGAAGCAGAUCCGAAGCUCGUUUCCCCGCCCUUGUCCUUGUUUCCUUUUUGCGUGGAGCCGACACCUUCAAUUUACAGCGGCUGCUUCCCACGAGACGUCUCUCCUUUCCAAAGUCAUAACGAUUUAAGUUGCUUACUGAGAGAUGGAAGUGUGAUAGAAGAAGAGGAGAAGCAAAGCAGCUCCUCGGCGUCCUCCGCCUGCCAGGUUGGAACAACAAGUCCUGAGAGCUUCUCUCCUCAGAAAGGUUUUGUGAAACACUUGAUCUUACCCUCGGUGUUAUUGACGAGCCUGACUGCCAACCUGUUGUUCGGCUGCUUCUAUCUCUACCACAACUGGGGCUGAAGCCUCAGCGAGUCCGCUGCUGGUUUUCUCAUGAACUUUACAGAGAGACUGAGCCUCUGGACCUGUUUUUUUUAUGUCUCUGGCCUCCAAUACCAGAACCCUCCCUCCACCCCACCAUCUGCUGGCGUUUGACUUAAAAACACAGCAGAUUUCAGCAAGACACGUUUCAGUUCGAGUAAGACCUCCUGUUUUGUCUAGAUUGAAAUAAGAGAGCAGGAACAAAUUGGGCGACGGUUUGUCAGAACCCACAUUUGGACGUGCGCUACAUGCACGAUUGAGCCGAUGCUGAUUGGGCGCCGAGGGGGUCACGUGUAGCCUGCUGGCCGUGAUUGUGAUCGGGUGUCUUUCAUUAGCAGAAACUCUUUUCUGGUUCUCUGUAAAAAUGAAGGGGCACGCUUUGUUCCUGAGAUGAAACAUGUUCUGUUUUGAAAUGUGAAGUUAUGUGGUGUUGAUGUGUAUUGUUGUGUACGUUCAGCUGCAAAACGGUUCACUGGUGCUCUGUCGUUAACUUUGCCUAAUGCAAAGGUUGCAUUUAUUCACUACUGAAAAGGUUCUCAGAACAAUAAAGUAUCUUUGUUUAUAUUUAUUUAUCCAGUCAACCAUUAGCACCAUCAAGAAGAAUAUCUUUUUUAUUAUUAUUAGUAUUUAGUCAUUGCAAGUUUGCUUGGACUGUUAGAGUUGACUAUUUAGUUCUUGGACUUUGUGGGUUUAAAAUCGUGUAACAUGAGUGCAAGUGUUUUGGUAAACUUUGUGUGAAUGUUGAUUUGAUGUAAGUUACACUUGUGAAAAUUGUAUAGGACAUUUUUUGUUUUUUUGGUGUAAAUCGGGACUAUUUUGGUUUUAUUUAAUUUUUUGCUGUGACUUUUUUUUCUUAGACAAAUGAUGCUAAUUGGAAUUUUUAAUUCAUCCUUUUUUAAGUGAUUUGUACCAAUGUAAAACAAAAAACUGCUACUGUAAGGUCUCUGAAUGUUUAAUGACAGAUGCAUGAAGCUCUCAUUGGGCAGCCUUUGGUUUUUCAACGUACUGUACACUGAGCGUAGCUACGCAUUUAUCCUUGAAGUGUGACGGGCUUACGUUUGAAAUCAUGGUUAAACAGAAAUUAAAUUUUCUACUCCAACAAGAUUAACCUCACAGAGAAAAAAAUAAUAAUUUUAUUUGAUUCAAAAUGUUGUUUUUUUUCCUAAUUGGUAAAAUGAACACGGUGCAUGUUUGUUUUCUUUGGACUUCACUAGUGCUAAAUCAGAGACAUUGAUGAAAUGAAGUUGUCUGUUUACAUCAGUGGUUUGAAGGUUUGUGUUACUCUGGUAUCAUAUUCAUCGGUACCAGGGCUGUUUUUAAAUAAAUGUAUUUUUUUGUAACUCAA